AUGAAUGCGACAAACUGUCGUGACCUCAAUUUUGUGUGUUUUACUGUGCAGUGGAGUGGUUUUUGCAAUGAAAAAGAAGAGGAGAAGAAGGAGAAACUACCGAAAUGUGAACACGUGGAUCCUUAUGAGAACUUGGAAGGCUGGUUGGCUCUUAAAACUCCAGCAGAGCGAAAAUGCAAUCAUACCACUGCUAAAGAUGAUCUCUCUGAAAGUGAAGCCAAAAAAACUGAUUGGGGAAUCAAGAGUUUCGCAUUUGAUGCUCUAUCUUCAGAGAAGUUGGGACCAUUGAGAAAUGUUGGAAAACAAGCUCACAAGCUAUGCGAGGAUGAGAAAUACGAUGCUUCAUUCUCCACCUCCGUCGUUGUCAUUCAUCAUAAUGAGGCACUUUCCACAAUUCUUAGAAUGAUUAAUGGAUUGAUUGAAUUCACUCCUAAAUCUCUUUUGAAGGAGAUCGUCCUCUAUGAAGAUGCUUCUGAAGAGGAUCAUGUUUUGACGAAGCAUUUGGAGAAAUAUGCUGAAUUGAAAGGACUUGAAGACAAGUUGAUUAUUCAUAGAAGCGAGUACAGACAGGGGUUGAUCCGUGCUAAGGUUCAUGCUUCAAGACUCGCCACUGGAGAAGUUAUUGUGUUCAUGGAUUCGCAUUGUGAAGUUGCCGAGAGAUGGUUGGAACCACUUUUGCAACCAAUUAAGGAAGAUCCAAAGAGCAUCGUACUUCCUGUUGUCGACCUUAUCAACCCAGUUUCUUUUGAUUAUUCGUCUUCAAUGGUUGCAAAGAGUGGAUUCGAUUGGGGACUUACUUUCAAAUGGAUUUACCUUCCAUGGGAAUACUUCGAGACUCCAGAAAACAAUGUCAAGCCAUUCAACUCGCCAGCAAUGCCAGGAGGUCUUCUUGCUAUGAGAAGAGAAUAUUUUGUUGAAUUGGGAGAGUACGACAUGGGAAUGGAAAUCUGGGGAUCUGAAAACAUCGAGCUGUCCCUGAAGGCCUGGUUGUGUGGUGGACGAGUCGUUGUUGCUCCGUGCUCCCGAGUCGGCCACGUCUUCAGAAUGCGUCGCCCAUACACUUCCAAACCAGGAAUGGACACUGCUCUUUACAAUGCUGUAAGAGUUGCCAAGACUUGGUUGGGAGAUUAUGAGAAGAACUUUUUCGCCGCGAAGCCACGUGGAUUGAAGGUUGUGUUCGGUGAUAUCAGUGAAAGUAUCAAAGUGAGAGAUCGUUUGAAGUGUAAGGAUAUGAAAUGGUUCAUCGAGAAUGUGUAUCCAGAGCUUGAGCCAAAAGUUCAUGACGAACUCUGA